UAUCCAUUGAAUGUUUCAACUGUUCUAAUGUGCUCAACGUGAGCGAUUGUAACACAACUGUCACAUGCAACGAUGGACAGGUAUGCUACAAAAGUCAUGGAAAUACCGGUCAAAAUAUGUACGAUUUUGGAUGCGCUGGCAAACCUAAAUGUGCAGAAAGCAGCUCACAACCACAAAAUAUAUCGGAGCCAAUUCAAGCAGAUUCCUGUUUUGAAUGCUGUUCUGAAAACAAUUGUAAUAAACAUCUGUGUGAAAAACUUUCCGUCUGCAGAGACGAGUUUGUGGAGUGUGCUCUUCUUGACUCAAAAAUCAGCAUUUGUUCAGAUGUCAAAGAGGCUAAGACAAUUUGUCGGAAAUACUGUAAUCUCUGUCAUAUUGUUGAUGGAAAAUGGUCUAAGUGGUCGGAGUGGGCAAAAUGUGACGUCACUUGUGGGAAUGGAUCACUCAUACGUAAUCGUGAAUGUGACAGUCCGGCACCUAAACAUGGCGGCCUUGAAUGCCCCGGGGACGGUAUUGAUAAAAAAACAUGUUUUGCGAAUUUAUGUCCUGCACAUGGCGGCUGGAGUCAAUGGGAGGAUUGGGGAGAAUGUUCUGCAACAUGCGGUGUAGGAAUGCGGAGUCGAAAACGUUCCUGUACCAAUCCACGUCCACAUAGAUUUGGGGAUCACUGUUUUGGUAACAGUAUUGGAGAUGAACUGUGCAAUAAAGGAUCUUGUGCAGUAAAUGGCGGCUGGAGUGAUUGGACGCAAUGGGGAAAAUGCUCGAUAACAUGUGGCGUAGGACUUCAAAGCCGUGUUCGGUCGUGUACAAAUCCAACACCUGCAAAUGCUGGAGAACAUUGCAUUGGGCAAAAUUUUGACGUUAAACUGUGUUUUAAUGACAUUUGUUUUGGUGAGUGUCAUCCCUUUUUAUGCUUAUAA